AUGGAAGCCUUGGUCUGUGCGUUCUCUGAGCUGCGCAUAAGAGAAGAUGCAGUGAGCUGGGCCCGAGGACGCCCCAGUCACCUGGACACACCACCCAACAUCUACGAGGGGGGCCUGGGGGCCCAGCAGCAGCAGUGCCCCAGUGCCCAGGGAAACAAGCCCAAGAACUUCCGGCUGCGCCACCUCCGGAGCCUGGCUCUCUACCUGCCAGGCCAUAUGCAGCCUGCUGGCCAGUGCGAGAGCCACUGGCUGGGCCGGCUUCUGGCUGGGGGGUACCUACCACAGCCUGAGGGCUCAGCCUGGCCCUUGGACCUUCCACAGGGGACUCUGGGCCCAGGUAACAACCACUGCUCAGCCCUUCUGGAAGCCCAACUACCCAGGGACAGCCUGGGAGAUACAGCUUCCAGUUCCAGCAUGGACCCAGCCAAGGGUGCCCCUGCCCAGCCAGGUCCCCCUGAGGGCUUGGGGCUCAGGCCCAAGAGGUCCUGGGGAGCCUUGGAGGAGGCCAUGUGUCCCUUGUGCAAGAGAACCCGCUCUGGGSCCUUGGAGAGGCCAUAGGGAUCCUGAAUUCCAGGGCUGGGGACAGAGGGGAAGGAUAGCCAAGGAAGAGGAGGCAGGUCCAAAGAGGAAGGGCUCAGACCGCACAGUAGCCCUGCCCAAUGAGACAGCCCCACAGCUGCCCAGCACCAGAUUUGGGCCAGCUCAGGAGAGUGCAAAGRGGGAGGGAGGAAGAGGUCCUAAGGGAGGGACAGAGGAAAUAGAAGCAUGGCCCUGCCCUUGCAGCCUGCUCAAACUCCAGUCAGCCACUUGCACCUAGGAGGCCAGGCCGAGCAGAGAAUCGGGUUCCUGAGAG